CCCCCUGCCCGUGUCGUCACUUCCGGCGCCGAGCGCCGCUUCCGGGCGGCGCUGUGGAGAGGGAGGGGCUGCCAUGUCCGCUGCGGGACGCGCUGCCGGGCCCGGCGCCGGAGCCGCUUCUCGGCUUUGAAGACUGCCAAGAACACACGAUUCGAUUCAUUUAAGCAUUAAAAUAGUAAUACCCAUGGAAGAGCCUCAAGACUUACCCGAACAACCAGUGAAAAAAGCCAAGAUGCAGGAAUCCAGAGAACAAAGUCUGAGUCAUGUGAGCAAUGCAGAAGUCAGCGAUGAGAAACCUGAAUCUUCAAGCCUUGGUUCAAACCUUCCCAUGUCCAGUGAGAUUAUGACAUGCACUGAUUAUAUCCCAAGGUCAUCCAAUGAUUAUACCUCACAAAUGUAUUCUGCAAAGCCAUAUGCACAUAUCCUUUCUGUACCUGUAUCGGAAACCAUGAGCCCUUACCCUGGUCAGCCUCAGUACCAAGCACUACAGCAAUCUCAGCCCUACACCAUCUACCCCCAGACCACCCAAACCUACGGACUACCUCCUUUCGGUGCACUGUGGCCAGGUAUGAAACCUGAAAGUGGUUUAAUUCAGACUGCAUCUACAAGUCAGCACAGUGUUCUUACCUGCACUACAGGGUUAACCACAAGCCAGCCCAGCCCAGCACAUUAUUCUUAUUCCAUUGAAGCAUCAACUACCAAUGCCAGUCCAGUCUCUACAUCCUCAACUGUUGUCAAUAUUUCCACGUCAGCAGUAGCCAGCAUCUCACAGGACUAUCCCACGUACACAAUCCUUGGCCAAAGUCAGUACCAGACGUGUUACCCGAGUUCUGGCUUUGGAGUGGUGACACCAGCAGAGAGCAACACAGAAACCACUGCGUUAGCCACAGCCACAGCCACAUACCCAGCCGAGAAGCCAAGCGCCAUGGUGCCUACGCGGGCGGUGCAGAGACAUUCCUCUGGAGAUGCAUCCACAAGUCCUUCAUUAUCAAGAGCAGCAGCAAGUAAAGAGUUAGAUGAGCAGGCAAGAAAAAACAUCCCUGGGAAGAACAGGGGAAAGAGGAAAGCAGAUACCUCUUCCUCACAGGACAGUGAACUGGAGCGAGUGUUUCUCUGGGACCUGGAUGAGACCAUCAUAAUCUUCCAUUCGCUUCUCACAGGGUCUUAUGCUCAAAAAUAUGGCAAGGACCCAACUAUAGUGAUUGGCUCAGGCCUGUCAAUGGAGGAGAUGAUUUUUGAAGUAGCUGAUACCCACUUGUUUUUCAAUGACUUGGAGGAGUGUGACCAGGUACACAUAGAAGAUGUGGCAUCUGAUGACAAUGGCCAGGAUUUAAGCAACUACAAUUUCUCCACGGAUGGCUUCAGUGGCUCAGGCAGUAACACAAACCACAGCUCCUCAGUUGGUGUCCAGGGAGGAGUGGACUGGAUGCGAAAGCUGGCCUUCCGCUACCGCAGGGUGCGAGAGAUCUACGACAAGUACAAGACCAAUGUUGGAGGCCUUCUGAGCCCACAGAAAAGGGAGGCUCUGCAGCGACUAAGGACUGAUAUAGAAGUGCUAACAGAUUCCUGGCUGGAAACUGCAUUGAAGUCCCUGCUACUCAUACAGUCCAGGAAGAACUGUGAGAACAUCCUGAUCACAACCACCCAGCUGGUGCCAGCUCUUGCCAAAGUUCUCCUCUAUGGACUGGGAGAGGUGUUUCCCAUUGAAAAUAUUUAUAGUGCUACAAAAAUAGGUAAAGAGAGCUGUUUUGAGAGGAUCGUGUCACGGUUUGGCAAGAAAGUCACCUAUGUGGUGAUUGGAGAUGGGCGAGAUGAAGAGGUGGCAGCUAAGCAGCACAACAUGCCUUUUUGGAGGAUCACAAACCACGCAGACCUCGUGUCCCUUCACCAAGCCCUGGAGCUAGACUUCCUGUAGGAAACCAGAGCAAAGGUGUGACUGCAGCUCCUGCAAGGCCUCUCUGUCACUGGGGAGGCAGAAACCUCGUACAUUUGGGGACUCACUUUUCAGCUUGAUGAAGACAACCUAGCCAAGGAGAACUGUGCAGCACAGCGCAGCCCCAAGGCACGGCCUCAGGAGCAGGGACCCUGCCAAGUACAGAGGUGUCCUGUGAGGAAGCUCUGGGCUCAGCAGAGCUGGAGCAGAGACUCACCGAAGCCAGCUGAGCUCCUCUAGCAGGUAGUCUCCAGAGGGAGAGGGUGAUCCAACACAAGUGCUUGUAGGAGCUUUCUCCCUUCUGUUCAGCUUAGUUAUAGAACCCAAGUAAACACAAAACCUUAUUUUUAUAGCGCAAUCCUGAUGGCAGAGCUGAAGCUCCCUUGUUCCACGAAGCCAAUGAGAGCUGUGGGCUUUUCAUAGGAAAUACUAAUGAAAGUGGCAAAAAUACCUCCACUGCUGUGAAAUGUGUCCUCUCUCCUUCCCUGUUCAAAGCAGUUAACUUAUUACAAUGUCCUCAUGUGAUUUCCUCAGUGUGGGAUUACUGGAAAAUAGAGAAGGGAAUGGGCCUGGGCUACGUGGGUCCUUGUAGAGGAAGGUCUUGGUGUUGAGUUGAUCCUGGUGGCUUCCAGUCAAUGUGUGCUUGAGUGUUAACCAGCAGGAGAUCCCUGGAUUCCAUCCAUGACCCAGGCCAUAGAUCCCACAGAUUUUCCCUGAAC